AUGGGUGCCUCAAGAUUGUGGUUUUCAGCAAUUUCCUUACUGAGCAGGGUGAAAGGGGAAAUGUCAAAACUUUUUGGUUUUCUUGCCCUUUUGGAGUGUAAUUUUGAUAAUAACAAAAACAUGCCAUCUAAUUUCAACACUUACCAUGACAUCGAGGUUGUCUAUAACUGUUUGAAGAAUGAAUAUGGAAUCAAGCAAGAGGAUGUUGUUUUGUAUGGUCAAUCUGUCGGGGGUGGUCCAACGCUACACUUGGCUGCUUGCUCACCGAGGUUCAGAGCUGUUGUUCUUCAUAGUGCCAUUCUUUCAGGAAUACGAGUUCUGUACAAUGUCAAAUUCACAUUCUGGUUCGACAUUUUUAAAGGCACAAAUGAUUAUAUUGUCGAUUGGUUCCAUGGUAAGCGACCGUGGGAACUUUCUAAAGAGAAAUAUGAUCCAUUGUGGGUCCAAGGUGGAGGACACUGCAAUCUUGAAACUUUCCUGGAGUACAUUAAGCACUUGCGCAAAUUUGUAAAUGCAAUGGAGAAACACUCCUUUUCAAAACGAAACAUGGCAAAACUUAGUACAGCCCCGAGUACAACAGAAUCCAAACACAGCAGGUGUUUGAGAUUUCCAAAAAGAUAA